AUGGACGAAAUCUUCACGAAAUUAGCACUUCACACUGUGACCUUAGUCGGUAAAGCGGCGUUCGCGUAUAGCGCUACCUAUGCUAUGAAACAAGUUACAAACUAUAUUAAGAAUGACGCUAGCAAUGUUACAAAUGUUGAAAUGGCCGAACUUGAGCAGGUUAAAGAGACUUUGGAACAUAGUAUUCAAAUGGUCCAACCAGCUAUAGAUUUAAUUGAAAUAAUAUCAGCACGCGGAAACACGGCAUUGGAACCAACUGCCGCGCACACUACAAUGUUACGGAAAGAAAUCGAGUCAUUUGCACAUAAGUUUUCCACCAAAUCUGAAGAUACAACUAACACAAAAAAAGGUUCACUGGAUCUUUCUAAAGUUAUAAAAGAAAUGCAAGGGUUGAUACAAAAGAUUGAAAAAUUUGUGCCUUACCUUAAUCUUAUUAUGACAACUAGUGGAGCAAAUCUUGGAUGGAGUUUACCCAACUCAGUAAGCCCUUCGCGUUUGCUUCAAGCUUCAAAUGCAUUAUGUGAAACAAAUCGAAAAUUUAUGCAGAAUAAUGUAAAAGAAAUGCGAGUGGGUCCUUUGUAUAAAUUGAAACUUUAUUAUAUGUUCACAGCUUCAGUUCGACCAAAAUCUGUAGUAGACUUUACAUGGAAAGAAGAAUUUACUAAAUGUGAUGCUGCUAUACAUCGCGUUCGCGAUAUUAGUAACAAAAAGGAAUAUUUAUAUGAAUUAGUACUUGUAGAAGACCUUAAUGAUGGUAGAUAUCACGAGGAAUUCGAAAAAUCACCUUCUAUAAGGGCAAAAAUUGGAAAACCAAAUCAAAGUAUUCCAGGAAAAUGUUUUCGGAUUCCGGUAGCAGAAAUAUCGCGUUUAUAUUAUACUUCAUCAGGAUCUUUGUUGAACAUCGAGGAAUCAAAGAUGCCUGUACUUGUACUUAAAGUUAUAAAAGGUCUUUCUAAAGUCAGAGAAGGAAAUAAAGAUAAUGUGGAUUUAGAAGAAAAUCCCUUUUAUCCAAUUCCGGAUGUUCAUGAUAAACCGGUAAAAGAGUCCAAAGAACAUUUAAAUGUAGAUUUAUAUGCUCUUGAGAUAUUUCAAGAAGCUGAAACUUUUAAUAAAGAUGACGAUAGUAGUGAUGAUGAAAUUGAUAGUGACGAUGAAAUUGAUAAAAAUAGUGCAAUCCACACUCCCAGAAAAAUUCCUUUACCUGAAACUCCAUCAUCAAAGUCCGUUUCUUCAACUCCUUCAAGAAACAUUUCUUUCCCUGCAACUCCUCCCAGAAACAAGAAUAUCUCUACGCCAGUAUCACCUUCCCCAAGAAGAAUUCCUUUGCCACCAAACGAUGAAAUCACAGAAAAUUUGCCAAAUAUUGAAGGUUCUAUUGAAUCGGAUGAUAUUUCAGUUAUGCAUCAAUUUAAUUUGAAGACUUUGAGCUUACUCGAAUAUUUAUUACGUUUAAGCGCGUUAGAGGUCUGUGAACAAAUGAGUCAUCUUGAAAUAGCUGAUGAAAAGAUAAAUUUAUUUCUUAAAGAUGAUGAUUCAUCUGGAGGUUCCACUAGUACUGUAACAACCACUGAAUCACCUAAACCAUCCAAAUCCUCAGACAAAGAAGAAUUAUAUGUUAACGCUGUUCCAUUGACAAAUAAAUUUUCGAAAUUGAAUCUUGAAGAUGCCAAAUAA